GCCUCGGUCCUCUGAAUGGGUCUGUUACCCAUCCAGAGGGACAAAUUAAAACGUUUUUCGAGCAAAAUGGAACGUACGAAGUCGGACGAGACACAAGAAGAGAGACAACUGAUGAGUUUGGAAGCGGAAAACAGUGAAAUGCAUGAUCCUGAUGCGAGCAGCAGUGAAAUGCAUGGUCCUGAAGCGGGCAGUAGUGAAAUGUCUAAACAGAAGAGAUUGCGGCCUCGACAGCCGCAGAAGCAGCAGCCGCUGGUGAGAGGGCGGGGUGGUGGAGAGGAGACGGGCAUGAGAAACUGCUACAAGCGGUGGACUGAGAAAGAGAGGAAAUUGCUGUUGGCAGGACUGGAGGCUCAUGGACCUCGAGACCUCGCCAAGAUCACUGAAGUGGUCGGCACACGCAAUCGGCAUGAGGUGAUGUGUGCCAUCAAAUAUUGGAAGGCGGAGGCGAUGAAGGUCAACAUAAAGAACAUUUACAGCCUCAAUCGGAUGAACUACAGAAACAAAUGUAAAGGGCGAGGCAGGUUUGCGCAGAGGAAUUACAGAUUGGUUGACGGCAUAGAGCUAUGGAUGGAGAUGUUGAGCAAACGGCUGCGCAAAAUCGGCAAAGGUGGUUUGUCGAAUUUGGCGGCAAUUAUGAAGAUGAUUGCCAGUUUCGAAGCGCUGCCGACCGUCGAAGAGGCUGACGGCAUCGAUUUCAGAGAGCUCUACCUGUGGUUGGCAGAGGUGAUCGGCGGGCAACCCAUGCGCAGUCUGUCUGUGCCCACCGCAGAAUACCUCUCUCAGUGCACACGCGAUCUGUCGAAAACAGCGGCCGAUAACAAGUGGCCCCGCUACACGUCGGUGCUGUCUCGUGUGGUGAACGAGACGUGGAGUCCGCUGCAAUCCAAGAGCUACAGCAGCGGGACGGAUGUGCCAGACAACAUGCACAUGGAUGCUGUGCUCCAGUAUCCUGGCAUCAAUGCUGUUGGAAUCGACAUGAAUCCACUCGACAACCACCAAUUAUUCACUUGAGAUCAAUUUUAUUCCAUUUUUUCAGAAAAAUAAAGACAGUUUUAUAAGAAUCAAUAUAAAAUCGACAUGAAUCCACUCGACAACCAACAAUUAUUCAAUUGAGAUCAAUUUUAUUCCAUUUUUUCAGAAAAAUGAAGACAGUUUUAUAAGAAUCAAUAUAAUGUUCUAAUUCUAAGACUAUUUCUCCAA